AUGUCAAUGGCAUACCAAAACAGCCAGACUAGGGAUUGGGCCCCAGACCGCCCCCUCUCCUGGUACCGGCCCGAAGACUGGCCCGGCCGACGGUGGUUGUGGAAGUCGCGAUCUCGCAAACCAGAAGAAGUACGAGUGGGACCACACAAAUGGGCAAGCCCAACUGUCCCAACACAUCGAGAUACGGGAAAACGACAUGGUGAUAAAGUUAGUGUCUCUGGAGCUCCACUGACUAUCCCUUUCGAUCGUCUGUUCCUACGGCCUCCACAAUCCCCCCCCAGAGAAGGUGAUUUGAUCAUAGGAAGUGAAGAAAUUGAGGAGAUUGCAAAAUUGGUCUGGGAGGCCUUUACGAUAAUGAUGUCGUUGUCACCGUCGGUCAGGUGA